GUUCUGACGAUCUUACAUGCUCGGUGUGUGUGAGCGGAGCUGAACGAUGGAUGUGCGGUGUGUGUGUGUGCUGCUGGUGCUGCUGGUGUCCGCUGAUGCUCAGGAGAGCACAGCGCCCCCCGCUGGCCUGGAGGUGAUCCACAAUGAACUACAGCAGCUCCGGAACAUCACUCAGGAGCAGGCUGUGGAGCUGACCGCUCUGAGGAGCAGACUGGACGCUGCAGAACAGCAGCUGAAGGCUCAGAGAGAGGCUCCUAAAGUGGCGUUUGCUGUCUCUCUGGGCAGCGACGGACUCGUCUCCACCAAGAACUCACACAAAAAACUCAUCUAUAAAGACGUCCUGACCAACAUCGGCAACGCUUACAGCCCAGAGACAGGUGUGUUUAAAGCCCCGGUGAGGGGUGUGUAUUAUAUCCGCUACACCGCUACAGCGCCCACCGAAGGCCUGAUGAGCGCGGUGCUGUAUAAGAACGGCGAGAUCCAGUUGACUGUGCACGAGCCGCCAGCCGGACCGGGCAGCGACACCGCAUCCAACGGCGCCGCCCUGCUGUUAGAGCAGGGAGACGAGCUCUACAUGCAGCUGUGGCCGAACUCACACCUGUGGGACAACGCCAGCCACCAUAGCACCUUCAGCGGCUUCCUGCUCUACACCAUGUGACCCCACAGAAUUCUGGGAUGUGGAGUCCACCAAGUCCUGCAUGCUCUCCUGAUCCAUCAGCUCAUUAAAGAGCUCUGAGUUUAUGUUCAGAUCUGAUCUUUCUGCCUUCACAGAUCCAGAUGUGUCAUCAGUGUGAACACAGCUGCUUCCUGAAAAUGCCCACACACUUACAGACCUGCGAGGACCCAACAGGCCCUGGUUAAUAACGCCUGUUAGGAUCUCUAUGGAGAAAAUGAACAGUGUUUCAGAAAGUCACCGCUCUCUCACCCUGCAGAGCGAAACCACUCUAAACCUGAUACGAUCUGUCCUACGUACGUUUUCGCCCUCUGAAUUAUGAGGCUUUUAAAACUGCUGCAUAAACAGUGGGGUCUAAAGUCUGAUAGCGCUGAUGAAAAUGCUUUUAAUUUGCAUUAUGUUCUAACCUAAUACAGAGAUUUUCAUUACACAUAAUAUUAUCAGCAUAAAAAUUAAUAUUAAAGGUAAAAUCUUUAAAUUUUAACAUGAACUUCAGAAUUUCACAGUAUUGGGUGUCGUGUCCCUCUACACUGCAAAAAAAUGGUAUCUUGUUAAGUACAAUACUGUGAAAUUCUGAAAUUCAUGUUAAAAUUUAAAGAUGUUACUUUUAAUUUAAAUUAUUAUGCUGAUAUCAUCAUUUGUAAUGAAAAUCUGUGUCAGACUUCUGGACUAAACUGUGAGUGUAACAUGGUGGGAGAUGAUGGAGACGAGGUUGUGGGAUGCAUGUGAGUUCACACAGCAGCAAACCAAUCACAUCUGUGAUGUAUUUAGGCAAAAAAAUCAAAUUUAGGUUUAACCUGGUAAUGUUAAUGUACUUAUAACACAAAGCACACUGUACUCUUCAAAAUCAAGGUUCUAAGAGCGUCCAUAUGAUUCAUGACUGAAUUUUCCCACUUUCUUUAAUAAAAGAGUUUAGCGUAGCAUGUAAACAACAUGCUAAACUUUCAAGGCAUAUCGUUCACUCCUCAGGACACACAGUCCAUAUACGGGAAUUAAACUGCAAACACAGUUUGUUUUUAAUUCACUGUUUCUAUGAUGUCAUGAGAACCAACUCAUUUACAUAUAUCAGUGUCUGUGGAUCUGCAGAGUAAGAGCCUCUUUAAACACUUGUAGACUUUCAUCCACAGCAGAGAAGCUCAGGACUGUUUUAGAUCAGAAUGUGUGAAAAUAAACGAGCAGCAAUGA